AUUUCAAACCCCCUUAUUUGCCCCUCUUAUCUUUCUUCAAUCUGUGGGUGACAGGGCUUGCUGUCCCAUUCUUGGUCCGUCGUUCAAUUUCCGUUGGUGCACCGUGUCUCGUCCGACCGACCUGGUUCCCCCCCCUCUAAGAAAUCCACGCCUCCCUCACGAGACCUCCCCUCUCCAGUUGGUCCCGCUCCACCACCCACCUCGGUUGCAGUCAUCUUGAACUCGCUCUCUUUCCCCCCACCACCCUCAUCCUCGCUCUUGGUGGUUACUUUCAAUGGACAAUAACAUGGAGAUCGAUACGGCGCGGUCGCCCGAACCUCACCACCUCUCCCCGACCACCGACCCGGGGUCCAUACCCACCCUCGAUGGAUGGAUCGAAAGCUUGAUGACCUGCAAGCAACUAGCGGAGGAAGAUGUCCGGAGGCUUUGUGAUCGGGCAAGAGAGGUUCUGCAGGAUGAGUCGAACGUGCAGCCCGUGAAAUGUCCAGUGACUGUGUGCGGUGAUAUACACGGUCAGUUCCAUGAUCUGAUGGAGCUGUUCCGCAUUGGUGGCCCCAAUCCGGAUACAAACUACCUGUUUAUGGGUGACUACGUCGACCGUGGUUACUACUCUGUAGAGACCGUCACGCUCCUUGUCUGCCUCAAAAUCCGUUACCCCCAGCGUAUCACCAUCCUGCGAGGAAACCACGAGUCGCGCCAGAUCACGCAAGUCUACGGCUUCUACGAUGAGUGCCUGCGCAAGUACGGCAACGCUAACGUGUGGAAAUACUUCACCGACCUUUUCGACUACCUCCCCCUCACCGCACUUAUCGAGAACCAGAUCUUCUGUCUGCACGGCGGUCUGAGUCCGUCGAUCGACACCCUCGACAACAUCCGCUCUCUGGAUCGGAUUCAGGAGGUCCCGCACGAGGGUCCCAUGUGCGACCUUCUGUGGAGUGACCCCGACGACCGAUGCGGCUGGGGUAUCUCUCCCCGUGGUGCUGGAUACACAUUCGGGCAGGAUAUCUCGGAGGCAUUUAAUCACAACAACGGCUUGACUCUGGUGGCACGGGCGCACCAGCUGGUAAUGGAGGGUUACAACUGGUCCCAGGAUAGAAAUGUGGUCACGAUUUUCUCCGCUCCUAACUACUGCUACCGCUGCGGUAACCAAGCCGCAAUCAUGGAAAUUGACGAGCAUCUGAAAUAUACCUUCUUACAAUUCGAUCCCUGCCCGCGCGCAGGAGAACCCAUGGUCUCGAGGCGCACACCCGACUACUUCCUGUGAUUUGAUUUUUGUGAUAGACAUAAC